AUGGACAGCUUGGAUGGCCUACUGGGAGACGUGAGCGGGUCUAGCAAUAGAGUAGCACAGUCUAGAGAAGCUAUCAGAGAGCCGAGAGUGAACUUCAUUGAGCAUUCAAACAAAGGAAGCACGUAUGGGUUCACAAGAGUGAAGGACAAAGCCUACCCGUUGCAACAACUGAUGCGCAACAGAGUGAAGAAAUUCGAAUGGAAUGAAAGAGCUCAGGAAAAUUUCGAGAAUGGAAAUCAGGAGCUGUUCCAAGCGCCAGUGCUAGGCAUACCCAGGAGAAAGGCAUGUAUGUGCAUGGGCCGUCCCCAGACUGUGACGUGGCUCUCAUUAAACUUGCGCGACCAACCAAAAGGACAGCCGACUAGUGGCUGCUUCGGAGACUCGGGAGGGCCACUAGUGGUUUUGAAUAAGUCGGGUGAUGUCAAAUGCUUGUAUGGAGUUGCUAGUUUUGUGGACGACAAUUUCUGUCGAAACGGAACAUACUUCGCCCGAGUUUCAUCCUUCGAAGAAUGGAUCAAAGACAACAUGUCAAUAACUGAUCUAGUAUGA